AUCACUUCAAUCCAUCAUUCAAAAAGAACACGUGCUUUAAAUAUAACCUAAAGUUUGUCAACAUUCCCAUGAAAUGAAAGAUUCGAAAAUAGUUGCAGUGUGAGUUAUAGUUUAGUUGCUGUUUAAUAAUCAAACAAAAUGACGAAUACACAAGACAGUGAAGUUGAAACAAAGAGCAUAUUAUGCCGAUUCAAAUCCGAAUCCGGCGAAAUCGCCGGAGAUAUGAUGGACUUACCAUUGUCAUGUACUGUAGAACAACUUACAUUAAUAUGCAACGCAAUUCUGCAAAAUGAAGAACCAGUUCCAUAUUUAUUUUAUGCCAAUGAAACCGAAAUUAAAAAAAGCUUAGAAAGCACCCUGGACAUCAACACUUUGAAUACAGAAAGUGUACUUGACAUAGUCUAUGAACAGCAGGCCAUAUUCAAAGUACAUCCAGUGACUCGCUGUACUGCAUCAAUACCAGGACAUGCUGAAGCAGUAAUAUCUGUAAGUUUCAGCCCUGAUGGUCGUCAUCUCGCAUCCGGUUCAGGCGAUACUACCGUACGUUUUUGGGACGUUUUGACCCAAACACCUUAUAAAACAUGUAAGGGCCAUAAUAAUUGGGUGCUCUGCAUUGCAUGGUCACCAGAUAGCACAAAACUAGCAUCAGCUUGUAAAGAUGGCAAUAUAAUUAUUUGGAGCCCCGAAAACGGCGCCCAAUUGGGCAAAACAAUGAAGGGUCAUAAGCAGUGGGUCACAUCUUUGUCAUGGGAGCCAUUUCACAAAAACAGUGAAUGCAGGUAUCUUGCUAGUUCUUCUAAAGAUGGCGACGUUCGCAUAUGGGACACCAUUAUGUGCACUACAAUACGCACACUGUCCAGUCAUACAAAGAGCGUGACAGUUGUCCGCUGGGGCGGAUCUGGUCUAAUCUACUCAGCAUCCCAGGAUCGUUCGAUUAAAGUUUGGCGUGCUGCUGAUGGUGCAUUAUGUCGUACACUGGAAGGUCAUGCACAUUGGGUUAACACUCUAGCAUUAAACACAGAUUAUAUCAAUCGAAUUGGACCGUUUGAUCCAGUCAAAGAUACGAAUAAAGUGAUAUCUGCGGAGAAUAAAGACAAACUGCAAGAGUUUGCUUUGAAGCGUUAUGAAGGCGUCGUUGCAACAGCUGGAGAACGUCUAGUUUCCGGCUCCGAUGACUUCACACUAUUCUUGUGGGACCCACAUAAGGAGAAGAAGCCCUUGGCGCGUCUAACAGGCCAUCAACAACUUGUAAACGACGUCAAAUUCUCUCCUGACGGUCGUAUUCUUGCAUCGGCGUCAUUCGACAAAUCAAUUAAACUCUGGGAAGCAAAAACAGGUAAAUUUCUCGGAACAUUGAGAGGACACGUGCAGGCUGUCUACAUGGUAUCAUUCUCGGCGGAUUCGCGAUUGUUAGUUAGCGGAAGCUCCGAUUCGACACUCAAAUUAUGGAAUAUCAAAAGUAGACAAAUUGAAUUUGAUCUACCAGGACACGCGGAUGAAGUUUACGCUGUGGAUUGGUCCACAGAUGGAAGCAGAGUCGCUUCUGGGGGUAAGGAUAAAGUAUUGAAACUUUGGCAGAAUUAAAAUAAACCUCUCUUCAAUA